UGAGUGUGUGGAAAAUUAUCCAGGCCUAGUAGAAAUCAAUGCGGGAAUUUAUUGCUUUUAUUGCAUAACAAAAAAGUUAUAAUACAAAAUAUGAAUGUCAGAAAAGUAUAGCUGAAACCUAAAAGCACAGCUCAAGGAUCGACUGAGUAGAAGAGAUGCCGUGACGGAUAAAUUUAUCGCUUUCAAAAACAUGUGUUCGCUGAUGGUUUCACUCAGGUAUCUUCACGAAGCUUUGUAUAAGCAGUGCUCUGCCCACCCACGCGAACGAAUAGAACCUGGAAAGAAAAACCUAUUUCUGGCUUCCUUUCUUGUUGCUUCGCGAAAAAUAUCCGCUUUAGCUGAAGCGCUUUGGCCGCAAGAAGGAAACCAAGGCUGAAAUUCAUGAUGGCAUUUCAAAACCGCGGUCUGACGGUGUUAAUUGUUUUUAUUUUGGCUGCAUAUUCAGCCGUUAUCGUCGAUGGCAGAACGCUGCCGGGAGGACAGCAUCGAAAGAAUACCAGGGAACGCAUUGUUGUAGUGGACAGGUUUGCUGACGAAACUUCGUCGCCCAAAGACGCUUGGGAAGUAAACCAAGGAUUAAACUCGACGUUCUUCCAAGGAGAUAUCGUGCUCACGAAAGACAUGAUGAAUCUGCUCAACGACACUGCGGAAACUCGUAAAAGAAGAGCGAUUAAGAAAGAGCCAGAAGCCAGAUGGACAAAUGGCGUUGUCCCGUUCGUUAUUGACAGAAGACUCAAGCAAACAGCCAAAGUCGAGAUUCGUAAAGCAAUUCGUCAUUGGAAAAAGAAUACUUGCGUGAAAUUCCACAAGAAACGAUCGGGCGAUGUCGACUAUCUACGUUUUGCUGCCGAGGAUGGGUGUUGGUCGACUGUUGGACGCAAAGGAGGGAAGCAAGAUAUUGGUGUAGGAACAGGGUGCGAGUACGCUGGUACGAUCAUUCACGAGAUUGGUCAUGCACUUGGUUUUUGGCACGAACAGAGCAGAAGUGACCGUGAUAAAUAUGUGAAAGUUUUGUGGAAAAACAUCGAUAAGAAAUAUCACGAACAAUUCAAUAAGAUGGACGCUGAUAAAAUGGACAGUAUGGGGUAUGCGUACGACUUCGAGUCCGUGAUGCAUUAUGGGAGUAAAUUUUUCACCAAGAAUGAUAAGGCUACGAUACGCAUUCGCAAGAAAAGUGUGAAGAAUAUGAGAAUUGGGCAAAGAAAGCGACUAUCGGAUAUUGAUGUCGCCCAGAUUAACGCUAUGUACAACUGCAAUAAGAUUGCAACGGUAAAUUCAGCGAAAUGCAUCAAAUCGAAGACAAAGAACGGCCGUGAUUAUGAUGGGAAGCUGAGCUACACCGAAAUGGGCGUGACGUGUCAAGCAUGGAACAGCAACUGGCCACACAAAAAUGAAUUUUAUUCCGGCAACUACUGGUACGACUACAAACGGGGGCUAAUGGAGAGAAACAAUCGUCAGGAGUACAUGUACCACAACUAUUGUCGCAACCCGGAAGGCAGGCGAAAAAGACCUUGGUGUUACACAACCCUCACAACGCCUGCGUGGCAAUACUGCGACUUGAAGAUAUGUUAAUAGUCAGUAAGGCAAGAUUAACAGCAGAAGGAGGGAUGAGAAUUGAGCAGUGAAUGCGCGCUAGUUCCGACCACGGUAAAAAUAUUCCUUCAAUCAAUAGGAUCUUCAUAUUUAUGCAGUGUACAUAGAGGUCGGGUAUUUUCGAAACCAUUUCCAUUUUUUGUGAACUUGUGGAGGACAAAAAAAAUUAUCAUUAAUAAGGAUUGUAACAGUCCAAUAAAGCUUCGUAGUCUUGCAUAUGUCUAUAGGUUGAUAAAGGCAACAAGUCGAAAGUUGUCGUUUACACCGGCUUGUUAGAGGAAAACGAACUUAAUUCAUAGGAAAUUCAGUUCCUAAUAAUUAUGGUUUGUGCAUGUUUAUGUAACUAUGGUGCGAUAUGGUUAAUGUUGAAUGGCACGUCAAAACAAUGAUUUUUCAUAUUUCGUUGUUAUUAAAGGAUUGCCAAAUGCUUUUUCGUGCAGGAUUGCGUCAUCCAUGCACGAGGGAUGUCGCGAGACUUCCGAAAAGCGUAAAAAAACACGAGCCUCGGGCGAGUAAAUGCGAGCCUCGGCGAGUAAACACGAGCCUCGGGCGAGUAAACACGAGCCUCGGGCGAGUAAACACGAGCCACGGGCGAGUAAACACGAGCCUCGGGCGAGUGUUUUUUUUACGCUUUCGGAAAGUCUCGCGACAUCCCGAGUGCAUGGAUGACGCAAUCCUGCACGAAAAAAGCAUUUGGUAAUUGUUUUAUAAAGUAACUACAGUGAAACAACGAUAUUUUGAGAAUCCCACGAAAAUCCCGCAAGUGCUUUUAGAAAUUCCUCGUGCAGGAUUGCGUGAUCCCGCACGGCUAUUGACCAAUCAAACUGCGUGUUUCACUGUAGUUAUUAUAUAAAUGGAUGUGACCAAAUAUGUAUAUAUAUAUAAGAUAUCGUCGUAAUUCAGGUGACAUUAAGUUAAAAUAGCUUUGUCAAUUAUGUCAAUAGUUUUAUUUAUAAUCUUACAUUAAAUAUAAGA